UGACAGUCAAUAUCACCCUCGGAGAGCUGGCUAGACGAAAUGAACUUUGCUCCCUACCAAGAUGAGUCCCCUGAGAUCGAACGCGCCUUGUCACCUCCUGCUGCGAAUCUCCGUUCCCCGCGCGGCUCACCUCCUGUCCAAUAUCCCAGCCAUUUCACUGGAACAAAUGGUGGUAGAACCACCGGAUUUGGAAAUACACAUUUCAGGAGAGAUGUAGAAGGUGGAAGGUUGAACUUGGAAGCUUUCGACACAAGCCUCCCCAUUCGAGUGGACGUUGAAGCUAUGCUGGCAUACCUACUUCUUCCACCGGCUGGGAGUGUCUUCCUUCUCCUGGUGGAACAUAAGAGCGAUUAUGUACGGUAUGUGAAGGAUAUCAUUCAUUAUAUGCUGCUCGAACCGUUUCAGGAUCGACUGAGAUGGCUAAUGGUGGUCUGUUGCAGCUUUCAUGCCUGGCAAUCAAGCAUGGUCUUUACGACCCUUUUUAUAAUUCACCUUAUACUUUCGUGGUCAAGCUUUCUUUCCUGGCUUCUAUUUGUCUUUGAUAUCGGCCUCAUCGCUUUUCUGAGCCUGCAUGCUUACCGAGAUGUCGAUACUCUUGAUCACUAUGAAGCCCCAUUCUUUGGUCGCCUUGCGAAUUCAUUUGUCGAUGAUGAAUAAGAACCUGCUUUCUGCCCGCGUUUGGAUCAGCGCAACUCUCGCCAUGCUCAGAUACCCUCAUGCCAUUGAUAAGCCUGCCAAUCGAUACUUUGAGAUGCGUUUCCUGUGGAUUCAUCCUUCCCCAGUGUACUUUUGUACUUCUUCCCUAUAGAUUUUGGAGCAUAUGAUCGACUUCAAGGUUCUUCUUCUUCUUCUCCUUUCUCUUUGGGAAUCACGACGGUGACUCUUGUAAUAUGUCUACUUUAUAUCAAUGCUGCUUUUUAUUUUCCUGUAGGAGAAUUGCAAUGUCUCCACAUUCUAAUCCAUUGUUUUGAUGCACGACUGACAUAUACUUCCAUUAUUCUUUCCAUUUGUCCGUGAAGCCCUUCGUACUUUUCUCGGAUAAAGUCCAUCUAAUGAACGAUUCCAUGACCCAGGACCAGGCAGAUGUUGGAUCUGAUGGAUCAUACCAUUGUUGAUCAUGGUGAUGAAUUCACAAGCGGAACCUUCGUUCACUGAAGCAAGGGCUGCAUUCUCUGCUGUUUGUCAUGUGCA